CGCUAUCGAGGGCACCCGGCUCUGGCACGCCAGGAGGACGCCAUAACCAAGAAGAGGGUAUUGAGACAGAACGAGAGAGCCUGCCCACCACUGACCAGUGCCAACACAGCACUAGAGAGAGAGAGAGAGAGAGCGAGUGUAAGAGGGGGGAGAUAGAAGGAAGAGAGGUCCACCUUCACCAGAGAAGGAAGAAAAGCAAGGGAGAAAAUAUAAAGCAAGUGUACAAGUGAGGAAGAUAUUGAAAAAAAAAGACCCCAAAAGAGAGCCAGCGCAAAAACAGAGUAGAAAUAGAAAGGAUGCAAGAAUAUUGACAACUAACACCCCCCAGAUUUGACUUGACAAUCACUCUCUCCACUCCGCUGCUCAGAAAAAAAACAAGGGGGAGCGAGUGAGAGGGCUGGCCGAGGGAAGGAGGAAGAAAAGAGCGAGAUGACGGACUGAAGCAAUGGAGAGGAUAAGAGCCUUCAUCAUGCUCUACCGCACCCCGCUAGCCUGCCUCCUCCUGCUGCUCCUGUCGGGGGUGCUGGGCGGGCUGGUCCUGUCCAUCUGCCCCGCCGUGUGCUCCUGCAGCCGGGGCCACCGUGUGGUGGACUGCUCCUCACGGCACCUCUCACAGCUGCCCCCAGGCCUGCAGCACAACAUUCGCUUCCUCAACCUCUCACAAAACAGCCUUCGUGGUCUGGAGGGCCAGCUCAGCCACUACGCCCACCUGCGUACCCUGGACCUGUCCUAUAAUCUCCUGGGUCGCUUCCCCUCCGGCCUGCCCAGGGCCCUGUGGGACAUCCGGGCUGCCGGCAACCAGCUCCGAGCCCUGGACAAGAACGACACAGCCUACCACUGGAACCUGCGGGUUCUGGACCUGUCAGCCAACGAGCUGGAGAGGGUGGUCUUCAUCAACAACACCCUGCCCAGCCUACACGCCCUCAACCUGAGUCACAACCGGUUCUGGACGGUGCCCACCAACAUGCCUCAUAAUCUGGAGAUGGUGGAUUUGUCCCACAACUACCUGGUUCAGAUCCUCCUGGGGUCGUUGGACCGGCUGCCCAGGCUGAAGAGGUUCUACCUGCACGCUAAUCGCUUCUCCUGGGUGCCGGAGGGGGUGUUUGACCGGUUGGAGGGGCUCGAGUUGUUGACGCUUGGGGAUAACCCUUGGGCUUGUGAGGAGGAGGAGAACAUCACAAGGCUCUUGCUCUGGGCCGAACAUACCCGCGCUGCCGUGUUGGGCUGCCCCUGCUACACUAGGCCAACCUGUGGGCAAGCCCAUCUGGCAACUCCAGGAGGGGAGUGGCACUUUGCAUCCUACACAGAGCCUCCGCUGGGGGCUGAUGCCAGAGAGCUGGGCCGUGGAGGCCUCCCACCGGCUAGGGCUGCAGUCGCCACUUCUGGGUACCUGGCUAAGUCUGCGUUAUUGGAGCCUGGGAUGCAUGGAGACAGGGGGGUGGCCAACGGCUCGGGGGAUCAGACACUGUUCGUGUUCACCUCCACCCGCUCGCAUGGCCUCUCCACACGCACAAGCACAACGGGGCGUCCGCACUCUGCCACCAAGAAGCCCAACACAGGAAGCACGCGGAGCAGAGGCCACGGUCUACACACACAGAUUGUGUGUUCUGCUGUCUCCUUGAACCUUUUAGUCACAGUGACUGCCUUCAAAGCCUCCUAAAGAGACUAGAGCCAAGUCUUGAUGGAUUUGAGAGGGCUAACCCUAUGUACAUUUGACCCAGAAUGUUAAAGGGAGUUUUGUUUUAAUUUUCAAGAAUGUUCGACUGUUACUGCCUAAAAAAAAUGAAUAUAAUUGUGUAUUCUCUCUCAUCUUCCAACAAUUUGUGAGUGUAGUUGUGCUGUAUGACUAUAUCUUUCAAACGCACAUACAAAUAAUAUCUAGGGCAAAUGUAUACACAUACAUGACUAAUAAUACUAUCGGCGUGGAAACAUGAAUGCUCUACUCCAUGUAGUCUAUACUGCUUGUGUGUUCUGUUGACAAACGCUGCUGCGUUUGAUGCGUUCUAUGAUAUAAACACAGAA